CUCUCCCAAACCGCUUCACCGAGAAGACCCUGGCACACCCAGCCAGGUUCGCAGACAUCUACUGCUUGUCCCGCUCUGAGCUCAGUGCCCCCGCCGCCGCCAGCGUUGCCUCGAUGUUCCAGCUGCCCAUCUUGAAUUUCAGCCCCCAGCAAGUGGCCGGGGUAUGUGAAACCCUGGAGGAGAGCGGCGACGUGGAGCGCCUGGGUCGUUUCCUCUGGUCGCUGCCCGUGGCCCCUGCGGCCUGCGAAGCCCUCAACAAGAAUGAGUCAGUGCUGCGUGCGCGAGCCAUUGUGGCCUUUCACGGUGGCAACUACCGCGAGCUCUACCAUAUCCUGGAAAAUCACAAGUUCACCAAGGAGUCGCACGCCAAGCUGCAGGCUCUGUGGCUUGAAGCACACUACCAGGAGGCUGAGAAGCUGCGCGGACGGCCCCUGGGGCCGGUGGACAAGUACCGCGUAAGGAAGAAGUUCCCACUGCCACGCACCAUUUGGGACGGCGAACAGAAGACACACUGCUUCAAGGAGCGCACGCGGCACCUGCUACGCGAGUGGUACCUGCAGGAUCCAUACCCUAAUCCCAGCAAAAAGCGGGAGCUCGCCCAGGCAACCGGACUGACCCCCACGCAGGUGGGCAACUGGUUCAAAAAUCGCCGACAAAGGGACCGUGCGGCUGCAGCCAAGAACAGACUCCAGCAGCAGGUCCUGUCGCAGGGUUCCGGGCGGGCGCUACGGGCGGAGGGCGAGGGCACGCCAGAGGUGCUGGGCGUCGCCGCCAGCCCGGCAGCCAGUCUAUCCAGCAAGGCGGCCACUUCGGCCAUCUCCAUCACGUCCAGCGACAGCGAGUGCGACAUUUGAGCUGCCUACUCAGAAUGCUCAGAAACAGAAUCUGGUGUAAAAACAAGAUAAACAAAAUGAACGAGGGAGAGAGCAUGGGAGACCAGCAAAUCCAGCGCCGGUGUGGCCAGGUGACCAGGGACCCGCGGGCUCAGGUUGCGGUGUUCGCCCAGCGUUGAGCCUGGCUCCACUGGCGCCUUUUGGCUGAGAUCACAGGGGCCCGCGGUGAGGCCUGACCGCUUUGCUUUUUCCUAAGGAUACUGCUGCAAAGACGCCUUCGGAACCCGAACUGCAAGAUGAGCGCCUGCCCUGAGUCUCCCCAUGGGUAUUUCACGUGGAAAGGACGCUGUUAUAUAUGUAUAACUUUUGCUUUAAAGUUUUUUUUUUAACAAAACAUAUAUAUGCUGUUUAUUUACUUAUUUAAGAGACUGCCAUGAUAGGUUUCUCUGUAGCUUGGGGAACUUGCUGUUUCUAAACAGGCAGACUGGCCCUGAUGGGUUCUUUGUGGAGAAGCCAAACAAUAAAACAACCUGGUGAGCAACCUUUCUUAA